AUGUUGAAUCUGCUGCUUGUAGCACUGCUGGUUCAGCACUCAGCAGCAGAUAGUCUUGCCUCGUCGACUCCCCCAACUUCAACCUUAUCUGCCGAGGCUCCUUCAUCUACGGCAUCUACAGUCAAACAGCGGACCUCUCACCCCGCGGCGGGAAAGCUCUCUCUGGGUAUUAUUGGUAAUUCGACUACAAUACAUGUACACCUUGGCCAAGAAACAGCAUCGACUAAAGCAGCUGCACUGCGUAAAGGCGAUAGCUCCUUGACCGACUUGUCUCCAAGCAUAGCACCUACGGCUGGUCUGACUACAAUCACGACUGUUAUCAGGAAGACUACUGCAACUUCCUCCGCCCAACUUGCAGAUAUCUUGCAGGGCAACUUGAGGAUAAACGAAGCCGGCAACUGGAACUCAUCACGCCGAGAAUCCAAGGCAGAAACCAUCUACUCAUCUCCUAACACAAACCAGAUAUCAAAACAUGCCACACCAACUACACCUCACACAAGCAACGCAAACACAUCUCCGGCACCCAUUCCAUCUCCCUAUACCUCCCCAUCCUCCCCCAUCCCAGAGCAAACAGCCAUCAACCUAACCUGCCAACAACUCCAAAAACGAACACCCCCCUCCUGCGAACCCGGCAGCAAAGGCAACCAGUUCUGCAAAACCAACUACCCCUGCAAUCCCACCCUCCACCACUUCGAGACGUGCCAGGACAAACAAUGCCGCUGCCUCCCCAUCCCCUGCCAGCAGAACAAGCCCGACGCAUGCACCAACCUCCCCCAGCAGUGCAGCCAAGACGAAUACCCGCAGUGCAUCCUCGAGCCCUUCCUCUACGGCAACCAGACCGUCUGCCAGUGUCGACCGAAACAGCCCGGCUGUCUGGUCUUGCCGAACCCGCACAAGUUCUGCCAGGAGAGGCUGACGUGCGCGGGGGGAAGGCAGAGCACCAGCCACGACGUGAAUCUGGUGUAUCCCGCGUUUCCGCAGUGCUCUACGGGGGAUGAGUGGGAGGCGUUUCCGCUGGGGAAGUGUGUUUGUAGGGAGUUUACGUGUACGGUGCCGGCGGCGGGGGGUGAUUUGGAGUUUUGCGGGGGGUAUGUGAGGUGUGGGGAGGGGAUGAAGGCGGGUUGUUUGCCGAAGGUUACGGUGGAGGAUAUGAAGGGCGGGAAGGGGUUCUGCGCAUGUGGAAAGGGGUAG